ACGCACGAUCUGAAAUGGCCAUCGAGCCAUCGCAUCGAUUCUUUGCUCUAGCUACAUCUUGUUCUUUGCCAGGUGUGUGUCUCACAACUCGUAGUUGAAGCUACUCGCUGUCCAGGUCAUGGCGACGUCACCCUUGGACAAGAGCGGCAAGCUCCUGCCGGUGCCACUCUCUGCCUCUGUUCAUCAUUCGGAUCCAUUUAUCUUCAUCGAGAGGCAGUCACGACAGCUCCAGAAUGACUUACAGGCGCUUCUCGAUGUACAAAGCGCCGGCUUGUCGGCCGGACUGUCAGCGUCCUCGAACGAUCACACUUCGACUACGAGCUCUACUUCUUCCACGUCUCGCCUUGCGAGCCCAAAGGCGACCAUGACAAUCCCUGUUCGACAGCCGCCCAAGAAGAAAAUUAGUUUGAGAGGAGCUAGGAGGGGUAUUUUGAAAGCUAUGGAUGGGCUUCUGACUUUGAGAGAAGAAGAACGCCGUGUCAUUGGCUUCGAGCUCGGUUGCCGGCGGGAAGCCUUGAGAGAGGUCGAUAAUUUUGUCAGCAAGCAUAACGGGUUGGAAAUAGCACUAUCCCAGAUGCAAGGAGACCAAGAAACGUUGAGGAUGGAUUCUCUCAAAAAUGAGUCCCGUGCUCUUGAAAAGGAAAUCAUGGCAUUAGAGAACCAUCUCGCCGAGAUGAAAGCACGUCACAGGCAAAUUUUCAAUGAGAUAACGCAGCUCCAAAAUUCCGUCGAUUCAAAACUGUCGUCAUACAAAGAGUCGCUAGCACUGGUUCACAAGGACGUACAAAACUAUCUGAGAUCCCCACCGGUUCAGCCCCUUCUGACUAUGUUCCCGGAUACACCGACGUUCUACUCGCUCCAUCCGAAACGUCGGACACUAGAGAUGGCAAAGGAACACUGGCAGCACGAAAGCAUGGAACUUCGCAAACGGAGAAGAAAAGUUGAUCAUGAGAUCGGUGCGCUCAAAGAAGGAGGAAAAGUGUGGCAUGAAGUUAUAUCCACAAUAUCAACUUUCGAAACAUCAAUACGCAAGAAAAUGUCACGUAUUUCAGAAAGUCGCCUUGAGACAGGCGAUAAGUCUAUUCAGGAUUGCAUUGUACGAGACAUGAAUGAUGUGAUUGGACAGUUAGCCGCCAAUCUGCAAGUUGCCGAGGAGAAGAGCUGGAAUCUACUCAUUUGCAGCAUUGGUGCCGAGCUUGAAGCUUUUCGUCAAGGUAGAUCUGCAUUCAUGGAAAUGUUUGACUAUCAUGACAAGGAGGCUACGGACGACCAGGGUGGCACUGCCGUUGGAAAUGUUCCAGAAGAAUUGCUGAGGGUAACCGAAUCACCGUCGCCAACGCCACAACCCGAACCUCCUUCAAAUGCAUCUUGUAGUGAUGUGAGUGACACUGUGAAAUCUUCGCCUCGGUGUUCCCCCAUUAGACCCAGUGACGACGAUGAGCAAGAUCAAGUCUUUCUAUUCUCUAAGGUAGACUAG